AUGGACGUGGACGUGGACGUGGACGUGGACGUGGACAUGGACGUGGAGGUGGACGUGGACGUGGACGUGGAGGUGGACGUGGACAUGGACGUGGACGUGGACAUGGACGUGGACGUGGACCUGGAUGUGGACGUGGAUGUGGUCGUGGAUGUGGACGUGGACGUGGACGUGGACCUGGACGUGGACGUGGACGUGGACGUGGACGUGGACGUGGACCUGGACGUGGACGUGGACGUGGACGUGGACGUGGACCUGGACGUGGACGUGGACGUGGACGUGGACUUGGACGUGGACGUGGACGUGGUCGUGGACGUGGACGUGGACGAGGACGUGGACGAGGACGUGGACCUCCACCGCCUCCACCACCACCGCCUCCACCGCGCCACCACCACCGCCUCCGCCCCCACCGCCUCCGCCGCCACCGCCUCCUCCGCCGCUGCGGCCUCCACCUCCACCACUCCCGCCACCACUCCCACCGCCACCCCCACUCCCUCCGCCGCCUCCACCUCCACCUCCUCCGCCCCCGCCAGCUCCACCCGCGCCCUUGCCCCCCUUGCCCUUGCCAGUGCGGCGUCGCCCGCUAGGGGCAGACGCCGCGCCGACCGACUCAAGACCAAGCAGUUGGACAUGGACGUGGACGUCGACGUAAACGUGGACGUGGACAUGGACGUGGACGUGGACGUGGACGUGGACGUGGACGUGGACGUGGACGCGGACGCGGACGCGGACGCGGACGCGGACGCGGACGUGGACGCGGACGUGGACGCGGACGUGGACGUGGACGCGGACGCGGACGUGGACGUGGACGCGGACGGGACGGGGACGUGGACGCGGACGCAGACGUGGAGGUGGACCUGGACGUGGACGGGACAUGGACCUGGACUGGACGUGGACGUUGACGUGGACGUGGACGUGGACGUGGACGUGGACGUGGACGUUGACGUGGACGUGGACGUGGACGUGGACGUGGACGUGGACGUCGACGUGGACGUCGACGUGGACGUGGACGUGGACGUGGACGUGGACGUGGACGUGGUCGUUGACGUGGACGUUGACGUUGACGUGGACGUGGACGUGGACGUUGACGUUGACGUGGACGUUGACGUGGACGUGGACAUGGACGUGGACGUGGACGUGGACGUUGACCUGGACGUGGACCUGGACGUGGACGUGGACGUGGACGUGGACGUGGACAUGGACGUGGACGUGGACGUGGACGUGGACGUGGACUUGGACGUGGACAUGGACGUGGACUUGGACGUGGACGUGGACUUGAACAUAGACUUGGACGUGGACGUGGACGUGGACGUGGACGUGGACGUGGACGUGGACCUGGACGUGGACGUGGACGUGGUCGUGGACGUGGACGUGGACGUGGUCGUGGACGUGGACGUGGACGUGGACGUGGACGUGGACGUGGACGUGGACGUGGACGUGGACGUGGACGUGGACCUGGACUUGGACGUGGACGUGGACGUGGACGUGGACCUGGACGUGGACAACGUGGACGUGGACGUGGUCGUGGACAUGGACUUGGACGUGGACGUGGACGUGGUCGUGGACGUGGACGUGGACGUGGACGUGGACGUGGUCGUGGACGUGGUCGUGGACGUGGUCGUGGACGUGGACAUGGAGGUGGACGUGGACGUGGACAUGGAGGUGGACGUGGACGUGGACGUGGACAUGGACGUGGACGUGGACGUGGACGUGGACAUGGACGUGGACGUGGACGUAGAUGUGGACGUGGACGUGGACGUGGACAUGGACAUGGACAUGGAUGUGGACGUGGACAUGGACAUGGACAUGGAUGUGGACGUGGACGUGGAUGUGGUCGUGGACAAGGCAAGCUCCUAG